CUUCCACUUUUCUAUCGGGUCCGACUGACACCUUUGACCCGAGGUAGAUAGGCAUGGUGGAGGACGUGUCUACACUGGGUGACUAUCGCUGGGGCGAUUUGGGCUAUGCGACGCUUGUCGGCCAGAUGAGUUUGUCGGUGCGCGACUCGGACCCGAGUAGACGUCACUUUGUGAUUACAUUAGCGGGAGUGCCGCGUUUGAUCGAGCUGUGGGCCUUUGAGCACUUACCUUGGCUGGCUCCCCGAAAGGGGCAGAGGCCUUUGGAGUUCCCUGCCGGUCGCCGUUGGGGUUGGAAGAAGAAGCUGACAGUGCGUCCACCGCCCGAUACCGUGUGGGAUCUUAUCCGGGACGGGAACCCUGAGCAUGUGGUUUGGACCCCAUGGCUCUCUUUUAGGGGUACCCAUGCUUCGGUCAGAGAUAGUUAUGCCCUGAGCCAGAUGCGGGUCUUGUUCGUUGGCCGCCGGGACCCUGUCUGGUACCUGGGAGAGCGGGUACGUAUGCAGACGGUCGGGGCUUUUUCGGUGCCCAGGCCUCCGCCUGCGACCAUGCUGUCUACUCGCUUGAUAGGCGAGUCGUGGAGGGUCCACUCGAGGACUGGCGUGCCAGCGACGGAGUUGGUGAUAGAGGGAGCUAGCUAUUACCAGUUUAUCCAGGAUUCUCUUCGUCUCCCGGAGCUUGGCGCUGUAAUUUGCCUCCUCUCUUUGUAUUGAUUUUAGUGUUUUCAUGCUCGUGCCCAUGUGUUUAUGCCUACUGUGUUUUGUGCAGGAGUGUCCUGACCCUUCGUUAGGGGGAUGGGUGCUUCCCGAUGCUCGGAUCUCAUAUACCGGAGAGAGUGGAUCCGAGAUUGUGGAGACUUUCCCGGAAGACCGGGUUUUCCAUGCUCCGCUCCCUGAGGGAGUACAGGCGGUUCCGGCCCGUACGGCCAAUGCGAUGGUGGGGGUGAUCAACCGGUUGAAGUCCGCGUUGGUUCGAGCUCGGUCUGCACUUUCUUGCAGGAGCCCCCACUCUACUCGGACGGCUGCUGGAUGUGCCGGGGCCGACGACGCGGGUCCCUCGGGCGGGGGACACGGUCGUGAGAGAGAGAGGGCACGACACUCGCCCCUACAGCAUCGCCGUUCUGACGCGGGGGUGAGUUCUUCCGGGGAGAGGUCCGAGCCGGAGCGUAGGCGACGUUCCGUGUCGGUGGCCCGAGAGCCUAGCCCCGAGUUGCAGUCACAACCUCAUUUUUGGGGUGACUCUGGCUGGGGGCCCUCAUACCACGGGGAGUGGAGUGGA